AUCUACAGCCUCAUCACGAUGCUCGUCUUUUAUCUAGCCAUCUGGAGUGGAUUGUUGGCUAAACUCGUUCAUCCGUCCUUUUUCCGACUUUUCUAUUAUCCUCAAUUUAUCCACGUUCGGCCACUACUUUUCGUACUUUACUUAUCACUAGUCGUCUACAACCUUGCCACUUAUUUGUGUCUAACGAAUGCAUUACAUUGUGAAUUAAAGAAAUACAAUUAUAAAAUUGAUCAGCUAAACAACUCCCCAAGUGAGUCAAUAAGGGCAAAUUUGGAGGCUCUCAUCCACGAGCACACCCAGAUCACAAAGUGCAUUCAAACGAUGGACGAGUUGUAUAAAGUCUUUGCUUUUUCGUUGUUAAUUAGCCUCCCCACCGUGGGCUUUUGCAUGUUUGAACUAUAUGCAAUCAUGUACUCGUCGAGGAUAUCGGAUGAACUAAACAAAUCGAAAACGCUUCUCUGUAUGAAUCACAGUGUUUGGCUACCAUAUGAGGAGAGUCUCAACAAGAUUGCCCUCACCCUGGCCAUUCAUCUUGAUCAGCCUGAUCUCGGCAUAACUCUCUGGGGUUUCACCCGAGUCACCAAGCCGCUCAUUCUCACGAUGGUUUCCGGUAUGAUGACUUGUCUUGCGUUUCUUCUCGAUUUGAAGCCAAGUGAAGAGCAUUCAACUAGUUGUGAUUGUGCCUUGAAAAAAACGAACGAUAUAAACAUU